AUGGGGGAUGACCCUCCCACUUCCAAUAAGCCUUUAUAUCCUUCCCUGUCCAAGCUCUCUCUAGCAGAAGAUGCCCUCCGAAAAGCUCUUCUACUGCCCUCCCCCAUGACAGGGGCCACAAUUCAGCGUCCCAAGGCCCCCUCUAAAAAACGCCCUAUGCUAGCGUUUCCUGUGAUGACUCGGCUUCAAGCCAAUUCCAACGAGUCUUCUGGCUCCAAGGCUUCUACUGAGGAUUCUCCGCCACAGGGUGACAAGACGGUCAAUGAUCAUGGCUCAGAUGAUGAGGAACAGGGGGGCUCUGACCCCUCCCCUUCAGACCCCAAUCCAACUUUUAAGCCCCUAAAAUUCAAGAUCCUGAAAGAACUCCAUAGUGCGCCUUCAGGGCAGGCCACAGCAGGCCCUACGAUCCCCAGGACCAUGGAGAAGGAAGAAAGUUCAGGGUACCGUGAGGCCCCAGAGAAGCUGGGUCUGUCCUUCUCCAUUGAGGCAAUCCUGAAGAGGCCCAUGGAGAGAAGAAAUCUGCCCAGACCACAAAGUGGAGGUGGAGAGGAUUCCAGGCAGACAGCUACCCCAAGUUCCAAGCUGGAGAGGCCCUCCCAGGAUCAGCCCCAAGAAGAAAGAAAGAGUAAGCGGCGAGUCCGCACUACUUUCACCAUGGAGCAGCUACAGGAGCUGGAGAAGCUCUUCCACUUCACCCACUACCCCGACAUCCAUGUCCGUACCCAGCUGGCUUCCAGGAUUAACCUGCCCGAAGCUCGAGUGCAGAUUUGGUUCCAGAACCAGAGAGCCAAGUGGAGGAAGCAGGAGAAGAUUGGAAACCUCAGUGCCUCGCAACAGCCCAGUGAGGCUAGCCUGGCUCUGCCCUCAAACGUGGACAUGCCUGGUCGCGUGCUGACACCCCCUGCUCUGCCCAUGAUGAUGCCUCCCACAGGGUGCGGCUCACUCCCUCAGACUCAGCUCACUUCAGGCUGGUUCCCUGGCCAGAUUACCAUUGUCCCAUGGCACCCAUGGGAUCGGCAGCCCUUGCCUGGCCCUCUCACCUGGCAGCCUUAUGUCCCUACCCAUGCCCUGCCACCUCCACACCCAAAGUGGGGCAGCAUCUGUGCCACUUCAACAUAG